UGAGGCUCCGCCGGACUCCCCCCACACCCCUCUCACCCUUUCGAGAACCUACCUUACCCCUCUCUCUAACCCUAUACUGUAUACUGCCAUUUGUACUACCAAUUCUGAGUACGCAAAUGAUUACGAAAACACAAACCAGAAUACCUGAUGAUGUACAUGUAAAUUUAGUUACAACUGAAAAAAUAGCAGUCAAAAAUGGCGUAAGCGAAGCUAUCAGCUAUGAAACCCUAUUAAACAGAUCCAGAAGAAAACCCUUGAACAACACUGAAACGUACGAAUUAGAGUAUUUUAAUAGCACAGCUGAUGUGUAUUAUUAUAGUGAAUCAAAAAGCAAUAAAUCAAAAGCAUAUUUUAAUAAAAUUAUAAAUGAAACUAAUAAGGAAUAUGAAUAUCAUUACAAAGAUACAGAAGAAGCAGUCGGAGAUGCGUCUUGGAAGAGCAAAGACGAAUCAAUGGAGAAGCUGAAGAUCGACGACGAGACGCGCACAAAAAUAUUCUACGAUUAUUCGUCGACGGUGAACAAAACUGGAUUUCGGAUGAGCGGAAUCGACGAUAUUUCAGCGCCAAUGAACAAGAAUGAAGGUCGGAAUUAUAUUCAUGAAUUGGCUUCAAAUAAACACGAGAGCGAGGGAAACGAAAUGGGAACAAAAACCGGUUCGAAUGGGACGCGUGAUGCAAAUAAUUUAAGAGUUGAAAUGGAAUAUCCAAUUCAAUAUGGGGGUAGGCGUACUGAAUCGUUAGGCAGUUCCGACCCUUCUGAUGUUACAAAUCUACAAUCAACAUUGGAAUUAGAAGACUCAUCCCGAAUAGUAUCAAUUCUGGGGCUCUUCGAGUUAUCCGUGGGGGACACCCCGCGCGCGGACGGCGUGUCCGAGCUCAACGCUGCAAAGUUAGCUGUAGAACAUGUCAAUAAGCGUACUUUGCUACCCGGGUACAAGCUACAUCUCAUCACUAAUGAUACCAAGUGUGACCCAGGAGUCGGCGUGGACAGAUUCUUCCACGCACUCUACACGGAACGGGAAUCCAGGAUGGUCAUGCUGCUCGGCACAGCCUGUUCUGAAGUCACCGAGAGCAUUGCGAAGAUUGUACCCUAUUGGAAUAUUGUGCAGGUAUCAUUCGGGUCUACGUCACCAGCUCUCAGCGAUCGUUCCGAGUUUCCCCUGUUCUGCCGCACUGUAGCACCGGACUCUUCACACAAUCCAGCUAGAAUUGCUUUUAUCAGGCAAUUCGGCUGGGACACAGUGACUGCGUUUUCCCAAAAUGAAGAGAUCUAUUCCCUGGCUGUAAAUGAGUUGGUCACUCAGUUAGAAGCGGCUAAUAUCACUUGUGCGGCGUCUAUUACUUUUGCUGAAUCAGAUUUUAAAGAGCAGUUGCAGCAGUUGAAAAAUUUAGACACAAGGAUCAUAAUUGGCAGCUUCUCACAGGAAAUGAUUCCGAAGAUAUUUUGCGAGGCGUUUCGUCUGGGCAUGUUUGGGGCGGAGUACGCGUGGCUGGUAGCUGGGGCGCCGCCUCGUAUCAGGGGCGCGGCGCCCUGCGCGAGGUCACAGCUGGCUAGGGCGCUAGAGGGCCUUGUGUCUGUUACAGCGCACAGAGGCAUCGUUGGGAAUGUUGCCUCUUUUUCUGGUUUGACGAACGAAAUGUUCCACCGCGAGAUGGAAGCGGCUGGCGUGCCAAUAUCGCCCUUCGCGCCUCACACAUACGACGCAGUUUGGGCUAUCGCGUUAGCACUGAGUAGAGCUGAACACCUGUGGAGGAGCUCUGAUAGCAAUUCUACCAAGACAUUGGGCUUGGGACAGUUUGACUAUGAUAGGAAGGAUAUGGCUGAAGAGUUUCUGAAUCAACUGGGAAAUUUGAGCUUUCUCGGUGUAUCGGGGCCGGUUUCGUUCAAUGGAGCAGACAGGAUAGGAAUGUCAGCGUUUUAUCAAAUUCAAGGAGGUCGUCCCAAAACAGUAGCUCUGUACACCCACGGCAAAGAACUGACGUGUCCUGAGUGUGCCAAGCCUCUCUGGGCGGGAGGGAUCCCUUCAGCCAGGAGGGUGCUGGUCCUUAGAGUGGAUUCUGUUUGGGCACCAGCGAGGUUGGCAGUCACUGCCCUGUCAGCUGCUGGUGUGGCUCUGGCGUUGGGGUUUUUGGCAUUCAAUUUGCAUUAUAGCAAACGCAGAUCAAUAAAACUAUCAUCACCUCGGUUGAACAACAUGACGUUAAUUGGUUGCGUGCUGGUGUACACGGCGGUGGCCCUCCUGGGUGUUGAUAAUGCUAUCCUUCCUUCAUACAUCCCGUUUUCUGCUAUGUGCACUAGCAGAGUGUAUAUUCUGUCCGCUGGAUUCUCUUUGGCAUUUGGCUCGAUGUUCGCUAAAACUUACAGAGUUCACAGAAUUUUUAUAAGCAAUCGCAGCGGAGUCUGCAAAACAAAGCUUCUCCAAGACACGCCUCUUAUCUCCCUGGUUUGCGCAUUACUUAUCAUUGAUGGCCUAUUGGUCACUCUGUGGGCUACCCUGGAUCCCAUGGAACGGCAUCUGAAGAACUUGACUGUUGAGAUCAGCGCAACGGACAGGAGUGUUGUGUAUCAGCCACAGAUAGAAAUAUGUAAAUCACACAACACAACAGGUUGGCUCUGCGUGCUGUACGCUUAUAAAGGCUUACUUCUCUUAGUAGCAGUUUAUAUGGCCUGGGAGACCAGACAUGUCAAGAUCUCCGCUUUAAACGACUCCAAAUACAUUGGAAUCAGCGUAUAUUCAGUUGUUAUUACCAGUGCUAGCGUUGUGGUUAUUGGAACGAUUAUAUCUGAGCGAGCAACGCUAGCAUAUAUCACGAUAACCAGUUUAAUUCUUAUUGCAACUACAUCAACGCUGUGCUUGUUGUUCUUGCCAAAAAUUGUUGCUAUACGGAAAAAAGGUGAAGAAGACCCCGUAAUACAAAGCUUAGGGUUGCGCCUAGAAUGUAAAACUAGACGAUUUGUGACAGACGAAACACAAGAACUUCAUUUCCGUAUUGAAAUACAAAAUAAGGUUUAUAAACGGGAAGUAGCAGCCCUAGACAAGGAAAUAGGUCGUCUGGAGAAAUUACUAGCCGAGCCCUUAGAAUCUAACGUGACUCUGCAUAAGCGGACUGAAUUGAACACUGUCGAAGAGGAAGGCAAUACGUAUGACAAAGACAGACGAACACCAAGCGUGAGUGGAGGUCUGCCAUUGCUUCUCCUCUCAGUGUUACCCCCAGUAAUACCUCGAGCAAGCUGGCCGUCUGCUGAAGCAUGCCGAGGAAGAAAUUCAGUCAGUUUUAGUUCCCAACCUAAACUCAACUACAGAAAAUCCCAACAAGCAAUCGAUUUGUACAACCUCUGCUUAAACAAACGCGAGGAAAACCACGGCUUUCUGCAGAGACUAAAGAGUCUUUUCGGAAGUCGACCGUCUAGCAGAAAAGCUUCAACGAUGUCCAUAGCAGAUCCUACGGGACAGAGUAUUGCAGCCGCAUUGAGAAUGCACGUUGGUAUGAUAGCUGGCUUAGUGCCUGGAAACCGAAAGCACUCAAUAGUACAUUCCUGUAACACUCUUAACGUACCGAAUCCAGAAUUGAGAUUGAGGCGGGAAUCAUACGCAAGAAGUGGCCCGAUCAUUCGGAUAACAGACGAUGAACCAACAUGUUCAUACAAUUCUAAUAAGAGCAUACCACCAAACAAAUAUGUAGCAGAGCCUGAAACGAAAGUCAACUUCGUUCUACCCAAAACGCAUAAAUCAGUGUCUCAAGGUUCCUGUGAAAAAAUAAAGGGCUCACCGCGCUUUCCUCAUCGAAUAUCACCUGCAGCUUCCAGUCUUUCUACAUUAGAUACGAGAAGAAAAACUAGCGCGGAUAGUGUAUUCAAUAUAAGCAGUGCUUUCGAUGAAAACAGAAGACAUAGUCAUCAGAAUGUUGUCAAAGGUACUGAUAAGAAUUUGGAGAACAGAUGGAGGUCUACAGAAGACGCCAGGCCUGGUCCAUCAACGCGACAUUAAACCGUGCCAAAAUAUUAUAUUUGUAAAUAAUAAAUAAUAAUUAAUCAGUGUGUGUAAUUGUGUAAUUUAAUAUAAGUUUUGCUAGUACCUGUAUUAGAUCUUAAUAGUUUUAUUGUCAAUUAAUAUUUGUUCCUUGUUAGCCAGAAUCUGUUGUGAAGGUAACUUUACUGUAACUUUUUCCUUAUCAUUUUCCACUCCAAUAGAUUCGAUUAUAAAAGAAAGAUCACUUUCCUAUCUUUACGACUAAAUUUAUGCAACUCAAGCAGAAUUGUGGGGAUUGGAGUAU